AGGAUGUUCAGAACGCCACUUUUUUUUAUCCAUGUGCACCUUCUUCGAUGCGUUCACGAUUGUCCAGUCUUGUAUCUCACCUUUCAACUGAAAUUGAGAAUAGUAUGUAUCCAAUAUCUCGUGUUUUGUUGAGGAUCAUAUUCCACUUCGUCGAUAAGAAAAUAAUUUGUAUUUUCAUCUCGUUGGGGAUUUCCUGGAGAAAAGCGCCGAUUUGAAAGGAUUUCUUAUUUCUGCUCGACAGCGGCCCGAAGUGUUCGUCCGUCGGGUUAACAGUUACUCCUCUCUACCAUCGGCAGAGUCCUAGAACGAGAAUUCGAUCGAUAGGUUUUGAUCUUCGUGUGGGAGAGUAGAGCCAAAGAUUGACUAGGACACAUUUAUGACGUUGCCAGAAAAUUUAUGGUACAUAGAGGACUUUAUCACUGUCUUGCAGUUUGGGAGAGUGAUGCAAUUACUUCAAGAAACUCAAGAAUUCGUUUUGGUUCUUUUCUUGUCGCACUCGCUGUAGCUGGAUUUAUCACAUCGAUUGUGGUUUAUAAGAAUUUCGGCAAGAGGAACACUGAAGCGUUAUUGGUUGUGCUAGUUUACUUCUGAAAAAAGUUUCCAACAAGAAGAGUACACUAAGACUCUCAUCGAAGCUCUGCUGGUGCAAAUCGGCAUAUUUUGGAAUUGCAAGCUCGUAGAGCACUGUAGAGAUCAAGCCUCUGGAUACAAAGUAGGACACCUGAGAGGACAAGGAAGUGGCGAAGCUCUCCUUAUGGCCCUGGAGAAAGCAAAUCCUGCAAAGAAGGCUCCUAAAUGGGGAUUCGGCUUCUUCGAGAAGAGCCACUCAUGGAUGAGCUUCGCCCUUGUUGUCGGCUGCGCGUUGUCCAUAGUGUAUCUCUUGCAGUCGAUGGUUGUGAAUAGAAACAACUGCAUGUCUUUUAAUCCCUUGCCAUCCAUAAUCGCUGAAUCCGCCCCCAGCAAUAUCUCCUCCGAACACAAACUAGGUUCCUCGCCUCCCCAGGCUAGGAUAAACCCUAAGGGUACAGAGCUUUCUCGGAUAGUUUUCGCUAUCGCAGGAGCGGCUAGGAAUUGGCCUGUAAGAAAGGAAUACAUCAGGAUCUGGUAUAAUUCAGCAAAGAAUGUGCGUGCCAUAAUGUGGUUCGACGAGAAGGUAAAUGGGACGUGGGAAAAAGACGCGCCUCCUUUCAGGAUCUCAGAAGACAUCUCCAGAUUUCCGAUCAGUCGUGGAAAACUAGCAGUCACUCGAAUCGCAAGAAUUGUUUCCGAGACUUUCAGGUUGGGGCUGCCGGAUGUAGACUGGUUUAUCAUGGGAGACGACGACACGUUUUUCUUUCCAGGGAAUGUGGCGAAAGUGCUCGCGAAGUAUGAUCCCACGAGGAUGUGGUACAUUGGAAGCAAUUCCGAGUCUCAAUCGCAGGAUGUCUCGCACUCUUUCAACAUGGCAUUUGGAGGUGGAGGAUUCGCGAUUAGUUAUGUCCUGGCCGAGGCACUUGCCAAGAUGCAAGAUUCCUGUCUUUUGAGAUAUUCACGCUUAUGGGGAAGUGACGAGCGUGUGUACGCGUGCAUGUCAGAGCUUGGCGUGUCUCUCACCCACGAACUCGGUUUCCACCAGAUGGACAUAGUAGGGAACGCAAUGGGCCUCUUAGCAGCGCAUCCUCAAGCCCCUCUCGUGAGCCUCCACCACAUUGACUGGAUCGACCCCAUAUUUCCCAACUUUAACCGACACAAAUCACUGCACCAUCUUUUGCAAGCAGCCAAGGUGGAAUCCAGCAGCCUUUUUCAGCAAUCAAUAUGUUACGCGGAUGGCCAGAACUGGUCCAUCUCCGUCUCCUGGGGCUACGUGGUGCAAGCCUAUAAAUGGUUUGUCCCUCCACGCGAGCUGGAAUCGCCAUUGCUCACGUUUCGAACUAUCAAACGAAGAAGCGACAGAUCGGAGUUCCGCCUCAACGUUCGCGAAAUCCCCAAUGAUCUGUGCCUUCUGCCCACUCUAUACUACAUGCAAUCCGUCACUGGGCCCAGUAACCAAACCGAAGGAUUACUGGAAAGUGUGUACAUGAGGGAAGUGAAUCCGAAGCGAGCUGCUUGUGAUAAGCGGAUGCAUCCUCUCAACUUGGUGCAGCGGAUCCGGGUUCUCAAGGAGCCAGUCGCAGACUCCUGGUUUCAGGCGCCUCGAAGAUCAUGCUGCUCGGUGAAGGCUUGGGGCAAUGAUACAGUAGAAUUGCGGUUGCUUGCAUGCAGAGAGGGUGAAACUCUCACAAGCAACCUCCAUUGACAUCCACCCCACAACCCAUCACAAAAACAUUAUUUUUAGGGGAAUGAUAAAGCAAUCCAAAUUUUUAUUAAAGCUAUUCACCUAUCAUCACAAUUUUGCACAUGAAUAGUACAAAUCUUUUUCAUCAUUAAGACCAUAAUCUACAUUUGGAUAAAUAGAAUCAUCAUUCUAAAUAUAGUUUUCAAUAGUUCUUAAUAAUUCCCAAUAACUAGUAAUAAAGUCUUUUUAUUCUUCUUCCUACUUGUUUUAUAAGUAUGUGUCUUAUAAGUACUUAUAAGUAUAUACUUAAUUCACUUCU